AUGGAGCUGAAGCAGGACAGCAACGCCGCCGUGGCCAUAGACAUGCUGCUCAUCGUGCACUCGGAGAAGAGGCGCGCGGCGCAAGCCACGCACUCGGACCCGCAGGCGGACCCGGGCGCGCUGCUGCAGAACCGAGGAGGAUUCCAAGGUGUCAGAAAUGGAAUCCGGAAGUGGCAAGAAUUGGAAGGAAACGACUUUCAGGGAAACUUGCCGGAGAAGCAGUGCCUUCAGCAGCCUCAGGUCAUCACUUCCUAUGACAACCAAGGUACUCAGCUAACUGUAGAAAUCCACCCCCAAGAUGCCAUGCCCCAGCUACUCAAGAAGUUGUCUUUGACUAAACGUUUACAAGGUGACAAAAAUGGAAACAUGAGACCCCGGCAGCCUGGAGGGAAAGAUGCCCAUGCCUACCCUUGGGACAAGUCCAGUUUGAAAUCCAUGUCCCUGGACCUGCGACACUUUGAGAAACUGGAUGCCUCUGCCUCACAGGUGACAGUCAAGAGUGGCCUGGAUGAGCUAGUGAACGACUUGCUCGAGGAAGCCCACAGCGAUCUGGAAAAAGUCAGAGCCAUCUGGAUCUGGAUCUGCCACCACAUAGAAUAUGAUGUUGAAGCUGCCCAGGAGAAGGACCGCCAGGCCUUCAAACCCACUCACAUCCUGAGGACCCAGAAGACCACCUGUGAUGGCUAUGCCGGCCUCUUUAAAAGAAUGUGCAGGAUUGCUGGCGUACAGUGUGUUACCGUGCCUGGCUACUCCAAGGGAAUUGGCUACCAGACCGGGCAAAGCUUCUCCGGGGAGUUUGACCACGCCUGGAACGCUGUAUACCUCGAGGGCCGUUGGCACCUGCUAGACAGCACCUGGGGCAGUGGCCUGGUAGACACCAAAACCUCCAAAUUCACCUUUCUCUACAACGAAUUCUACUUCCUCACCCACCCCGCCCUGUUCAUCGAGGACCACUUUCCGGACAACAAAAACUGGCAACUGCUGAAGCCGCCUCAGUCUCUGAGGCAGUUCGAGAACAACAUGUACCACAAGAGUGAAUUCUACAACAAAGGCAUGCUGAGUGCUCACCCGGAGAUGUCCAUGAUCCGAACAGUGAACGGGAAAGCCACCGUCACCAUCGAGAGCCGCGCCCCGACGCUCUUCAUGUUCAUGCUCAACGGCAAGCAGGAGCACGGGCUCCUGAGCCUCCGGAAGAACGGGAUGAAGCUGGAGGUGUACCCCCCGACCAUGGGGACCCACAAGCUGCAGAUCUUCGCCAAGGGCACCUCGGAGAUCUACAGCUCGGUGCUGGAAUACACGCUCAAGUGCAACUACGUAGACUUCUCCGUCCGCCUGCCCACCGAGCUCCACCAGCCCGUGGGGCCCAGCUGGUUCUCCGAGCAGAUGGGCAUCAGGAAGCCCUCACACCUCGAUCCCAUCAUCCACACGAGUGACGGCCGCUGCUCCGUCAGCUUUGGGGUGGAGAAGGGCAUCAGCAUCCUGGCGUCCCUCCAUGGGGACGACGGCCCCGUCACGGAGGAGACGCAGCGGCGAUACAUCUUCCAAGUGAACCGAGAGAAGAGGACAGAGCUGAAAGUCCAGCUGCCCCAGGCUGGCAAGUAUGCCCUUAAGAUCUACGUGAAGAAGAGGCAAGAGCAAGGCAACUUUGUCUUCGUCUUCAACUACCUCCUGUGCUGUGCCAACACCAAGGUGAACUGGCCCAUGUUCCCCGAGAUCUUCGGCACCUGGGGGCAGGACAAUGAGCUGCUGGAGCCUCUCUCGGGUGUGCUUCCCGCCAACCGCAACAUACCCUUCAAGCUGAAGCUGCCCGGGAUCGCCAACGCCCUGGUGAAAGGGCAGGACACGUGGCCCCUGACCCUUAACCCCGAGGGCUACUGGGAGGGCAGCUGCAACACAGCUGGCUGCCGAGAAGUCUAUGUCAUGGUGCUAGAGAACGCAAACCACAACUUCUACUCGUACAUCCUGAAGUACAAAGUGAACGACCAGUGA